GCUUAAAGCGAGUAUCGACGUCACAGCACAGAACCAGAACGCUGCGUUGUGAGAGCCAAUCAGCGCUGAGCUGCUCCGCUGUUGGAUCUAAUUGGCUGUUGCUGCUCUCGUGAUGCUGGAUGCGGAAGUCAUUCACACCGGGGCGCUAGAUGUUGCGACGUGUGCGGCAUUUCCACAAGAAGUAUAACGUAGACAAAUUGGUUAAUUAUUCCGUGGCGGAUGGCGGAACAUAUUUUUCCACGGAGCAAAGUAACGGAGAUAAGCCACGCAACCCUCAAAUAUUCUGAUGAUGUUUUAAUGACGUGGUUCAAUUAAGUACUCGCUCUCUUAAACUUUAAAUCUGGAAAGAAAUAAUGUGUUGUGUUUGUGCGUGUGAUUUUGUGUGGUGAUGUAAACUCAGCUGUCAUAACAAGCAGCAGGAGAGCACUGUGUUAACCUCUUGGUAUACUGCAUGCUCAAAACAUCAGAGCAUUGUUUAUUAAGGCUGCCCACAUAGCAUUUAUCUCUUUAUUUGCAGGCCUAGGAAAAGGACCCUCUCAAAAAAAUGUCCAAACAGUACUUUGAACAAGUAAGAUGUAUUCUAAAGAAUUUAACAUAAAGACAGGACAUUUGUGCAAUAGAAUUAGGCAUGUUUUUGUAAAUGAGAGUAGAGUUAUUAAAACACAUUUAAAUUCUUUAAGGUAGCAAAGAUGCCUCGUAAAAGACCUUUGCCAGGCCAGAUUGCAGGGUACAACAUGGGUACAACGCCAAAUUAAUUCAAAUUUCCUGAUAUUUGAGCCACCAACGUGUGUGGCUGCGUGCGCUGCAACAUUUUGGUCACCCCCGACAAAAUCUCACUCCAAGGUUUUUUGAAAAGUUGGCAGCUCUGUGUUUAGGCCAGCAGAGAAGGCCUUGCUGGCCCUGACGGCCACCACUGGAGGAGACUCAAGCGCUGUUCUGAGGUCUACUCGAGGAUCUGGGAGAGUCCUGGGGAUCAGAAUAUGGUAACCAGGAUGUGUACCCUAGGUACUCGUAGACUGGGUGGGGAGGGGGACAUAUACAUGGUGAACUUAUCUUACAUUAGGUUGUUCAGCUGUAGUAAGACGGCAUUGAAGGCCGAGGUAGAAAAUGCACUGCCCGCCACUGCAUUAUUCUGAGAGCAUUUGUACGGCUGCUAAACAUCUUCCUUCAUUCUACACAUUGCUUGUCUCCAGCAAGUUUCCGAUCAGCAGACCCAUUUUUACACCUCGGUGUACGGACAGCACAUGCAGAUUGAAGGAAUACACAGUUUUAAAAAACAAAUGCGUCUCUACCUUGUUUUUUUUCACGUUACUUUAGGUUUACUUGAGAGGUGUCGUGUGUAUAAUCUUCAGUAACAUUACCACGCACCCAAGAAAAUGUCCGUGCGCCUUCUGUUGUCAAUUACGGGAAACGUUAGUCGUUUAUAUAACUGCCUGACGGUAAAUAUAACGAAUAAUAACAUAUAUAUUUGUAAAAUUAUUCUCUAAUCAAGAGCAAAUAUCGCUAUAUUGAAAUAUACUAAAAUGCGUCUGAAAUGACUAAACAUUCUCCGAUAUGUGUAAAGAAAAUAUAACUAAAUGGAUGACGUGUGCGUAAGGGUCCUUCGGACUUCCGGGUGUGUAUAAACAGAUCGAAAACGGAGUCGCCUCGCCCAAAAGAUGUCUAAAGUAACGUUUAAAAUCACUCUGACGUCGGACCCCCGGCUUCCAUACAAAGUACUAAGUGUCCCAGACAGCACACCGUUCACAGCCGUUUUGAAGUUUGCAGCUGAGGAGUUCAAAGUGCCAUCAGCAACCAGCGCCAUAAUAACAAAUGAUGGAAUAGGAAUCAACCCCGCCCAGACCGCAGGCAAUGUGUUUCUGAAACACGGCUCAGAGCUCCGCAUCAUUCCCAGAGACCGAGUGGGAGGACGAGGAGACUGAUGCUGCUCUUCCCGGUCGACGACAUCGUGACUCACCCGGCGGAGUCGUAUAACACUGGAGACCCCGGCAACGCCUCGACGUGUGUCACAUUCGUCUCCUGGCCCACAACGGACAGUGACUCACAAGAGAAUAUGUAUAUUUAAACUCGGUGGAAUGCACACGCCCACUCGCAUGCUCCCCGCUCCUUCUCUCUCGGUUCUGUUGCUCAUUCGAAGAUCGCCGUGACAUCGAGGGUUUCCAGAAGUACCGAGUCAUUAAUACACACAGCAGAUGCAUUGUGGAGAUGAUUUAGCUAAGAUUAAUUAAACAGGUGGCGCUUUUGUAUCUUUGUAAAUGACAAUAAAUCAGUAUAACUAACAACAACUCAUGCAUCCAUUGCAAUGUUUACUUUUGUCUUCCUCAGCAUUAAUAUGAGGUUAAAAUAUGUUUUUAAGGAGCAUUGUUAUAUAAAGUGGCUGUUGAUGUGCAGAUAAAUGGUCUAUUCACAUGCUUUAUAUUGAUGUACAAUAUUUUUUGUCAGGCUAUUGUCAGUAUUUCUCAAACACAAGGUGCAUAAACGUGCAUCAUGGUUCUGUUCUCGUCUCGUCUUGUGGACCGGCUCCUUCCAUAACUCGAGGAACAUUUAGUCAUCGGAUAAUGUAAGGAGUGUUCAUCUGUCCAUCGGUGCAGGCACGUGGAUCUUUGCUGCCCUCUGUCAGGUUACAUUUUAACAUCAGUUUGUACUCACCAGCCUCGUGUCAGUAUUUAAAGCUACAAUACAAUAUCAAACAGACUACAUUGAGUAAUAGAGAGGAAGUAGAACGAUGUAAUAUGCAGUUCUAGUUUGAAUAUGGGCUUGAGGAGCAGGAGGUGAGAAAACCAAGCGGGCAUCCAAAAAAGCUUUGAUUUAUUUUUGAGAUUCAUGGAGGCCUCAAAAUGUGUCACCAUGACUAUCAAAAGCUCUUCAUCCCACACCACCGAAGUCAUAGAUUUUAAUCAGAAAAUACAUUCACUGUUUAAUUGCA